GAUUAUGACAGAUAGCCUCCAUUGCAAGAUACAAUGGCACUCAACUCUUAGCCUUUGUCUUGUUCUAAUUCACACUCCAGUCUUCUAGUUUCCUUGCUCUCUAGUCCAGGUUGUCUAUAAAAGGAAAACUAGCCAGUCAUGAUUUGUGCUCAAAGAUCAUCGGUAGAGGUGAAGAUGAGUGGAACUGCUUGCUCCAACAAUGCCUACGCUAUGCCAGAUUUGAGGCCUAAUGCGUACCAUCAUGAAGAAAGCAAGAGGGACAAGUACUCCUGCUUCCAGAUGCCACUGCACUAUCCAAGAUUCAAGAAAAGUGACUACGAGGCCAUGCCUGAAUGGAAGUUGGACUGCUUGCUCAAAGAGUAUGGACUACCCAUCGUGGGGGAUGUUGAUCGGAAGAGAAAUUUUGCCAUGGGUGCCUUUCUUUGGCCUUCGGAGAACGAGUGAAAGCUUCUAAGCAUGUAAAUUGUGAUCGUCAUUUUGUUCAAACAAUAUAUAUCCAGUAGUUAGUACGUGUGUUCAUAGUAGACAGGCUGUAUUGUUCUGUAUUUGUAAUUGAACUAGCCAGAUGCUUAUUGCAUACUUCAGCCAAUUCAACUGGUGAGAUUACAAACAGAUGUGUAAAUUAUUUAGUAAAUAAUUCUGAAGAA